AUGGCCCCUUUAACGACAUUGGUUCUGGUGUUAGCAAUGGCUGUGUUUCAACCUUCGAUGAUCUUAAGUGGUGAUGCUGGAAUCAACUAUGGUAGGAAUGGAGACAAUCUCCCUUCUCCAAAGCAAGUCAUCAAUUUCCUUACCAAAGAUUUGAAUUACCGAAUCUCAUUGAUCCGGAUAUACGAUGCCAACCUCGAUAUUUUAGAAGCAUUGAGCGGAACCAAUCUGGUUGUAACAAUUGGGGUCCCUAAUGAGGCCAUUUCCUAUGUAGCAUCAAGCCAAGAAGCUGCUGAUAAAUGGGUUCAAGACCACAUAAUUACAUAUAUCAGAAAAGGCGUUAGGUUUCGUUAUCUCUGUGUUGGUAAUGAGGCAAUUCCAGGCGUUGUUGCAUCCGAUGUCCUGCAAGCCAUCCUAAAUCUACAAAAUUCAUUAAGGCAGCGAGCUGGCACACAAGACAUUUACGUCACUACUGCAGUUUCAGCUAAUGUCUUAGGGGUCUCUUUCCCUCCUUCACAGGGCCAAUUUGCUCCCAAUGUUGCUGACAUUAUGAGUAAUAUCACUCUAUAUUUACAUCGUAUAGGGUCCCCACUUCUGAUAAAUGUGUAUCCUUACUUUGCCCUGGUUUCGGAACCUGGCCGAAUUUCCCUAGACUAUGCUUUAUUCCAAGCUCCAAGGCCUAUUAAAGAUGGAGAAUUGGAGUACUAUAAUCUCUUUGAUGCAAUGGUGGAUGCCUUUGUGGCAGCAUUGGUGAGGGUGGUACAAUCGGAGGAUGUCAAACUCGUUGUGUCGGAGACGGGUUGGCCGACGGCUGGUCGUGAACCAUACUCUAGUAUCGAAAAUGCCCGAAUUUAUAACAACAAGCUAAGGGAGCAUGCCAUUACUAGAGGAACAACUCCGCGGAAGGCAGACAUCAAUUUGGAAGUUUACAUAUUCUCAAUGUUCAAUGAGAAUUUUAAACAAGCUGGGGAACAGCAAAAUUUUGGAACAUUUUAUCCUAAUUUAACUCAGGUGUACCCAUUAUGGUAUUGAUUGUGUCCUUGAUCAGUAGCAUCCA